AUGUCGUACCCCUCCACUGUGAAAGCCGUCGCGAUCGCUAAAACAGGCGGGUUUGAGGUCAUCGAGGACAUGACCCUUCCCUUCCCGGAGCAAAAGCCAGGGGACGUGCUUGUGAAGGUUCAAUAUGCCGGUGUCAAUUUCAUCGACACUUAUUUCAGAGCCGGCGUAUACCCUACCCCCUUCCUACCUUUCCACAUGGCGAAGGAGAUAUCCGGCGUCAUCGCGGAGCUACCCAAGGAUGAGGCGACGCUAAACAAUGAGGUAUACAAGAAGCGCAAUUUGAGAAAAGGCGAUAGGAUUGCAGCGGAUCUUUUGGGGGGCUUGCAAGAGUAUGUCACGGUCCCGUGGGACGCUGUGUAUCCUAUCCCGAAGGAUGUCUCCAACCGGGUCGCUGCAGCCGCCCUCCUGCAGGGAAUCACUGCUUUGUCUUUGAUGACAGAGUCGCACAAUGUCCAGAAAGGAGAGACGAUACUUAUUCACACCGUUGCUGGUGGUGUCGGUCUACUCAUGGCCCAAGUCGCCAAAGCUCGGGGCGCAACCGUUAUUGGAACGACGUCUACUCCAGAGAAGGCAGAGUUGGCGAAGGCUCACGGUGCUGACCAUGUCAUCCUGUACAAGAAUGAAAAUACGGUCGAACGUGUCUCACAACUCACCAACGGCCAAGGGCCUCAUGUCAUCUAUGACGGUGUAGGCAAGGACACCUUUGAAGAUGAUCUCAAAAUGAUCAGACGCAAGGGAACACUUAUCUCUUUUGGGAACGCCUCUGGCCUUGUACCUCCGUUCUCUAUUGUCAGACUCAACCAGAAGAACCUCAAGUUACUUCGCCCGACAGAGACAAACUACACUGUGACUUUGGAAGAACGUGAAUACUACGGAGCACAGCUUUUCGAUCUGAUCUCGAAGGGUGAUCUGAAGGUGAACAUCUUCGGAGAUUACCCAUUCACAGCAAAGGGCGUUCGCCAAGCGCAACUUGAUCUCACUGGAGGCAAGACGACUGGAAAGCUCAUAGUUAAAGUGUCAGAUGAGUGA